AUCGUCGACAAGAUCGAAAGCCUGCUGGAGCUGGGGAAGUCCAACGCGGCCAUCAAGAACCAUCACACUUUGAUUGAUUAUUCUUUAACCGAGCGACAGAUAGAGGACGUUAGGAGGGACUGGGUUGAGAAUCGACAGUGGGAGAACAGAAAGCGAGAGAUAAAGGCUCUUGACCGAUCAUUCGACGGCCAGAAGACUAACACGCCAGGGAGAAGUCCCAAAAGCCCGAAAGACAUCACCAUGAACAUGUACACGGGUGAAAUCGUCCAGACGCUGAAGGGAGGACCCAAGAACUGGCCACAAGAGGUCGUCGCGCACAUCCAGAGCCUCCUGCAGCUGGGAUGGAGCGAUGCCAAGCAGGUCGGCCUUGUCCGCAACCUCCCGCUGCCCAAGAGCCCGAAGGAUUCAAAGAUGUGCAAGCAGCUGGAGCAGGACACUUACAUCAAGGUCAAGACUCUGAUCUUGGAGGGAAAGACGAACACAGCUAUCAUGAAUCAUCACUGGAUAGUGGACCAAGAGAUCUCAGAAGCGCACAUCGAGUCCGUGAGGACAGCGGUGGAGAAGGAGAUUCAUCUCAAGUCCAAGGAAGGAGCUCUAUCCCCUCCCAAACCCAAACUGAGGAUCCCAGACCUGAGCAGGAGCGACAUGUCAGUCAUCCUCUCGCUACUCAAGGAGGGUAAGUCCAACGCCUACGUCUGCAACUUCCACGCCCUCUGCACCCUCGGGCUACAGGAGUACCAGUCUACUCCUAAACCGACGACUACGGCAUGGACGAGGGAGAAGGGCAGGGACAACGGCGGGAGCAGGUGA